AUGCUGCGUAUCAGCUUUCUUCAAUUGCUCUUUGUGACACUGCUCGCUCUGUCUGCGGUCUUCGCAGUAGACGCAGUACCGGGGACCUCGCAACGUGAGUCUCUCCAAGAAGCGCCCGCCGACAUCAAGGUAGCCUCGCUUCAUGAUGCUCUGCACGCUCUAUCCGCCAAAUUCCGUCAUGGAAUCUUCCCGACUGACCUUGAUGCUGCCGAAGCUCUGCAAGGUGAAGAACCCAACAUUGCUAGCCUGAUCAAGCUCGCCAAGCGCCAGGACAAUGCCACUGCCAGCUCGGCCCCGGCUUCUAUUGUGACCACUGCCAACACCGAAUCAACCACUGAUCCGGCCACCACCUCGGCUGCUGAGACCAGUGCGACCAGUGAGCCCACCUCGGCGCCGUCUAGCACUGAGUCAACUACCACCACUCAGCCAACCGUCACCUCGGCCAGCUCUACCAGUGAGCCCACCACCAGUUCUUCCAGCUCUGUAUCUGUCCCCACCGAGACCUCCAGCACGGUCUCGACCCAGACUACUGCUCAGCCGACCACUGCCACUACUGCGUCCUCGACCACCCAGACCACUCACUCGGAGACUACCAGUGUUCCUUCGACUCUGUCAACUACCAAGAGCACUUCAUCUAGCUCGUCUACCUCAACCACCAGCAAUCAAUCAACUACCUCUGCUCAUACCACUGAGAACACCAGCUUGAGCACUUCCACCUUCAAGAGUACAACCACCAUGCCCGACGGCAGCCUGAGCACCAUUACCUCUAUCACGGUGAUCACCCCAUCGGCAACCGGCAAAGCCUCGGAGGCCACCACUGCCGGCAAGCCCGGUCUGCAGACAGGCAAUGCUGCCGCGAUGGUUACUGGCAUUGGUCGUGAGGUUGUCGCCAUGGUUGGUGGCGCCGUCGUGGUCGCAAUGGCUCUGUAA